AUGAGUCCCAUGGGGCAGCCUCAGUGUCAGGCACCAGAUGGCAGGCUGAUCCCAGUGCUGACACAGAACAGCGACUGCCUGAGUGCCCACAGCAUCCCUAGGAAUCAGCCAGGCCUCCUGUGGCCUGCCCACUACAUCCCAGGAGGUGCAGAGCAUGUUUGCAGGUCAUGCACAGGCACCAUCCAUGACGUGGCCACCUGCUGGAGGUUUAUCUACCCACCCACAAUCUGCCCCCUGCUGUCUCUCAUGAAGUCAGGAAGGAAGACAGGGCUGUCCUUUGUGCAUGGGGAAGAGGAGCUUGACCUGCUUCAGUCCCUCAAGAGGAACCCCAAGGGAUAUAUAGCGAGAAGGGCUAAGCCCAUCCUGGCUGCAGACCAUGGGGAAGGUGAGGUGACCACAGGACAGUCAGCUGGGCCAAGGACAGAGGACACCAAAAAUGGCCCCACUGACCAAUCAGCACAGGCCUUUCAUACCAGGAGACAUAAGAGAUUGAUCCUGUACACCUCCAGGAAGGAAGAUACCCUCUUGGACAACUGGGUCAUCAAAUGUCUAACCAUGGAAGCUGUAGCAAAGCUCAACAUAAUGAAAGAGAGGGAGGGUCCUUCUCUCCAGCUAGCACGCAGCUCACUCAAAGCAAGACUUAUCUCCACAGAGGAGGACAAGCAGGCAGCACAGACCAUGGUGCCCCCUUCAGUCCCUUUCUCCAGAUGGCACAUCCCCUGGCAGAAGCUCCUGUUCACAGCCUCACUUUUAACCUUCUGGAACCCACCCAUCAUUGCCAGAGUCACUGUAGAAGCCAUGCCAUUCAAUGCCACAGAGGAGGAGGAGAUUUUCCUACUUGCCCACAAUCUGCCCCUGAAAGUGAUGGGCUACAACUGUCGGGAGGUAAUAUUUGCCAAUGCAUCCCUGCUGACCCAGAAAGUCACCCGCGAUGACACAGGAUUCUAUACCCUACAAAUCAUAAAGACAGAUUUUACCAUUGAAGAAGCAAUGCACCGCGUGCACCCAAAUCUGCCCAAGCCUUAUGUCACCAGCAACCCCGUAGAGGAUGAGAAGGCUAUGGUCUUAACCUGUGAACCUGAGACUCAUGGCACAAUCUACAUGUGGUGGAUAAACGGUCAGAGACUCACAGUCAGUCCCAGGCUGCAGAUGUCCAAUGACAACAGGAUCCUUGCUCUACUCAGUGUCACAAGGAGUGACACAGGACUCUGUGAAUGUCAAAUGAAGGAUGUAGUGAGUACCAGCCACAGUGACCCAGUGACCUGGAUGUUCUCUAUGAGUAUCCUCUUUUCCUUCAGUGACCCAGUGACCUGGAUGUUCUCUAUGAGUAUCCUCUUUUACUUACCCCUGGGGUCUAGGGAUACUUCAGUACAAGGAAGUUUUCCUGGCCUCUCAGCUAGAGGCACUGUUGGCAUCAUGAUUGGAGUACUUGCCGGUGUGGCUCUGAUAGCAGCCCUGGUGUAGUUUAUUUCAGGAAGACUGGCAGUCUUUGAAAUCGUCCUUGUGUAUGGCUGCCUUAUUACCUUCCUAAAUUCUAGUUAA